AUGUCAGGAUCACGAACGGUAGGUUGGUUACCGCGGAUACCAAAAGCGGUGAAAAUCGGGCACAUUCCUCAACGUUUAAAAUCACCGCGAUUGGAAUUCCAUCGAGCUCGUCUCGAGAUCCUACGACGGAUGUGUAGCACUUUAUUUCGUGAAGAGCGGGCAGAAUUUCGAUAUCACCGUGCAAUGGAGCUUCGUCCCUAUGCUGAAAGGCUUCUCCAGUUUGGAAUAUUUCGUGGACCUGAAGAUUCCUAUACCAAAGAAAUGGUAGAUUGGUGGAUAAUGGAUGGGGAUAUACGCGAGAAGUUUUUUGAAGUUUAUGUCCCUCGGUUUCGGGGGCAAGAAGGUCCAUAUACAUCGUUAUAUUUUAUCCAGGACGAUCCUAGUGAAGGACACUAUCAUCGAGGAGUUAUCGAAUUAAACGGUAAUCCUUAUCCGCCUAUAGUCGUUCAAGAAGUAGAUUAUUCCCAUAAUUUGCUCAACGUUCUUCUGAAAAAUGCAGUUUAUCAACAGAUGUCGAAUUUGCAGAAGCAAUAUGCAGAUAUUAUCUCGGUGAAAUAA